CUUCUCCCUACAACGUCACCAACACAAAUACCCGCAAACUCCCAAAGACUUUGCAUCUCGCAAACCGUCGCAAGACAUAUUCAUCCCUCGUAUAACCAAACCAGUACUCAACCCAUAUACAGCGAGGCGCUAUUCUAGCCAGCGGUCGCUGAACACAUCCCCAACCCUUUUACAAAACCCAUUUCCCAAGGUCACCCCCAGUACCUCCGAGUUUAUGUCCAUCGAAAAUCUCAAGACCUACGACCCCUUCGCCGAAGCCGACGAGGACACCGGAGAAACCAAGCAGACGCAGAAUUAUAUCCAUAUACGCAUUCAGCAGCGUAAUGGACGUAAGACUUUGACCACUGUUCAGGGUCUCCCCAAGAAAUUUGACCAGAAGAAGAUUCUUAAGGUCAUCAAGAAGAAGUUCGCCUGCAAUGGCACCAUCGUCAACGACUCCGAGAUGGGAGAGGUGAUCCAGCUCCAGGGUGAUCAGCGUAAAGAUGUUCAGGAUUUUCUUUGUGACAAGAAGGAAGGCCUCGAGCUAGAUGCCAAGACCAUCAAGGUCCACGGUUUCUAAAGCUCUGCAUGCCCCGUCGUCCUGUCAGUCGCCGUUCCCGGGCGUCUUGACGUAGAGGGACAGGGAUGCAUGGCCACCUCGGCUUGUGCCUUUUCCGGACGUGUUCUCUUGCUCUUGCAACAGACACACCGAGGCUCGGCUCCGAUUACUCUAGGACGACGGGCAUCCACUCAGGGCGAGCUUUCGCUCCUGGUGGCUUUUUGGAAGAGUAUUAUUCUAUGCAGCACGUUUUGAUGCGGGUAGAGAAACCGUUAUCGACAUCUACCUCGAUCAUGUGUACGAGGACGGAGCUACGGGCAAAGCAUAUGUUUAUCAAACGGCUUGUCAGUCACUCGUUAGUCAGAUAUGUCUACAUGGGCAAGCCCCGCAGUAGUCUCAGGCAAAUACAAUGUCGAUUCCGAAUUCGAACG